AUGCCUGCCUUAGUUAAGGUUAAUGAUAAGUAUUCUCGGGAUAACAUAGAGUCACAAUAUUCCAAGACGGAAUCGAAUGACACAUCCUGGAUGUCCCUCCCUCGCAAAGACCAACUGGCAAUCCUCUUUCUAUGUCGCCUAGUCGAUUUCCUACAAGUGGCGUCUCUACAGGCUUACGUCUUCUUUCAACUCAAAGCCAUUGAUAAUACCCUCUCCGACUCCGAGAUAUCGAAUCAGUCAGGCAUACUCCAAGGUGCUUUCACUGGAGCACAGGUUUUCACUGCGUUUCUCUGGGGUAGAGUUGCGGAUGCUAGCUGGUGUGGACGAAAGAAUGUUCUCCUCAUUGGACUCUUCGGAACAGCAAUUUCGUGUCUAGGUUACGGAUUUGCAACUAGUUUUUCCUGGGCUGUGUUUUGGCGCGCCGCUGGCGGUGGCAUCAAUGGUACCGUGGGAAUAACACGAACUAUGAUCGCAGAGAUCACAGUUGAGAGAAAAUACCAGUCCCGAGCCUUUUUGCUACUCCCUAUUAGCUUUAGUGCAGCAAAUAUAUUAGGACCCCUGAUGGGAGGUCUAUUAGCGGAUCCCGCAACAUCACUUCCAUGCCUUUUUGAAGAGGGUGCUAUCUGGAGCUUUGGCUGGAUUCAGAAGUAUCCUUAUGCUCUACCAAGCGUCCUUAAUGCCGCCACCUUAGCAAUCACAGGUUUAAUAGUAUUCUUUGCUCUCGAAGAGACUUCACGCGAAAGGAAAGGAAAAAGAGACAUUGGCCUACAUAUGGGUUCCCGUCUAAAGAGCAUUUUGUUCCUCAAGUCUCCCGCAGAGAGCGGCUAUCUUAAACUCCAGCCAUGGAAUCCACGAGACAACCCAGCUGAGUAUAGUGAAGAUAGCGAGGAGCCGUCCGUGUACGAGAAACAGGAGCCUAGGGGAAACGGACGAACACUACCUUUCAGUCGCGUAUGGACACGAAAUGUCAUUUUUACAUUGAUAACGGAAGCAUUCUACGACUUUCAGCUCGGCGCAUUCACUAACAUAUGGACGCUUUUCCUUUCCUCGCCCCGCUCAUCGCUAAAUGAGACUGCAUCUCAAUCCUUACCAUGGAUAUUCACAGGUGGCCUCGGUAUGCCCGCUUCGACAGUUGGCGUUGCGACGUCUAUCCUAGGAAUCCUAGGCAUGAUCCUUCAGAUUUUCUUCUACCCCCCUGUCCACGCACGCUUGGGCACCUUACGCGGCUUCCAGUGGUUUUUACCAUUAUUUCCUAUCGCAUACUUUCUCACACCCUAUCUCGCCAUCAUACCGUCAUCUUCCGAGCCACCAGAGCCUGCCUCAGGUCCUGCAAUAUGGAUAUACAUGACUUUCAUCCAACUCAUCCAAGUUACUGCACGUACAAUCACGUUACCAGCUAGCAUCAUACUGCUAAACAACUGCAGUCCCCAUCCAAGCGUAUUGGGUCUCAUUCACGGCCUUGGACAAAGUGUUUCAGCGAGCUUCCGGACAAUUGGACCCAUUGUAGGCGGAUGGUGGUAUGGGUCGGGUCUAGAAAUGGGGAUGGUAGGUUGGAGUUGGUGGGCUGUUGCAUUUGUCUCGGCUUUAGGCUGCGCAUCUGCGAUGCUCGUCUACGAAGGAACUGGCCACGAGAUCUUGCUUGAAGGCGAAAAGGACGAGGUCCAUUCGGGGUAG